GGCAUGGCGGCGUCGCGACUGAAGCUCAGGACUGCGCGAUCGCAGCACAAAGUUUCCGAGAAGGUGCUCGUCGACAGCAUUCUGAGUGAAGAGGUCACUGUGAAGGAAAGAGAAAACCCACUGGCCUGGAAAUUUAUCUCCUUUUCCCAGAUGUCUGACCUUGUACUAUUAACAGUGGAUUUAGUUGAGAAAGCACUGGCUGAAAUCCUACAACUCAAACAGUACCAGAAUUGCAUGAAAGAAGGCAUCCUCUUGGAUUAUUAUGUCUCUGGGUUUUGGUGGGCCAAAGAGCAAAACUUUGCGAUACUUCAAAUAUCUGCCUUCAUGACUCUAUUAAUAUCAUUUUGGAGAACAUCAGCAGUAAACAAACACUUGCCAAUGCCAGGUAAUUUAAAAGAGCUCACAAAACUCAUGACUGAAGUUAGUCAGUCAAGUUCAGAUAAGAGUCGUGGCGUGGAAUUCUUCACUAUCGAGCAAGCCAAGGCCAUUAUUAAUUACAUGAAGAUCAGUUUAUUUCAGCAUUAUAGACUGUACGAGUUCCUUUUCCAUCAUACUCCUGACCUAGAGAUUCUGGAUACUAAGCUUGAGGUUGAAGUCAUCAAGUCAGCAGAUCCGUUCCCUUCACCAUUGGAGGAGAGUUUAACUUGGGAUAUCUACUCAUCCUUCGUUCUACAGCAGUCAACAGAGGAACCAGAAACUGAGGUUGAGGCGGAGACUGAGGAGGGUACAGAAGUUAAAGACUCCACAACUGAGGAUCCUCUGGCAUGUUAUAACAUAGAUGAUGUCAAAUCAGUGCUGAGUCAAGUAACAGGCGAAGUGCUUGGCAAUAUUCAGAGUGAGAUAAACGAAAAACUGCAAAAGCAAGAAGAGGCUUUCACUGCAAGAAUCAAUAAACUGAGAAAGUCAUGAGCACUGAGAUAGGAGCAGCUGUUGAACUUCCCCAGGAAACCACUGCUUGCUGAGCUACUUAUCUGAUUGGAAAGUGGGCAAUUGUGAGGCUAGAUCUCAAAAGUGUUCUGUCUGUUAAUGAUAAAGUGUCAACAUUUUGUUUGAGAAUGGAUCUUAUUUCAUUGUGUUUAGUGUUCUUACGUUGUGUAUAUAGACAAACUGUGAUCAAGGAUCCUGUCACAUGUCCUGCUGGGAUGAUUGUCAAUUGUUGUUUUGUUCAUUCCUCAAGUAUAGAUAUUAAUCAUCAUUUUCUUAGUUUAACAAUACAUCCAGUGGAGAUUAUUUUGUUGCUUUCUCCGCUGAUAUCUCCACAUAUCACACACCAGCUCCAGCUGAGAGAACAAGAUGCUGACCUGCAUCCGGGCUCUGCCAGCAGCCCUCUGUGUGCAGAGCCCGGUCUCAGAUUAACUUACAAUGAGGAGGAAACAACUGAACGAAGAGGAAGGGAGAGGGACUAGAGAGGCAUGAUUCCUGUAGAAAAUGUAGAGACAGAGGAAAUAAACAUUUAUCACUGGCUUGUGCAAAGUCAGCAAAAAUAGCCCAUUCUGUUUGAUUCAACCAACUUACUUCACCAAAGUGUAGCUAAGAGUCAGACAGGUUGAUGUGGGACCUGAAUCAGACUAAUUAACGACAGCAGUUAUCCUUCCUCACAGGACAGUAAAUCACCUCCUCAUUACCAUAUACUUCAUGGUAAAUUUUCCUGAGAUUUUAUCCUUAAAAACUAAGCUGACGUUCUCAAGCUAUCACUGUGAAUUCAAAUUCUGUAGACUAAUAGUCAAAGCCACUGUAUUACUUAACAACAAUACAACCACUCCUUAACUUGCAAUUGAAAGUUAGGCACAAAAGUGCCAAAAUAUUGUUUACAAUUUUUGUCAUUUAAAUCUAAUAGAAUUAUAAUCCACAAUAUAUAUUCCUUCUCCCCAUCUUCACCCUCUAGUACCAAAGCAGGAACUCCCUCCAAACACUUCAACUAAUUAAGUGAAGGACUUAACUUUACAGUUUUAUGUGACGUGUAAUAGAAGUAUUUGCUUUCAUUGGAUGUCUUGCGAGUUUCAGUAGUUGAUUUGAAAAGCACACUAUAGCUAGCACUAAUAUUUUAAUAUUUCAGGUGAUGGAAAGUGAAUUUUCAAGUUUGUACUCACAGCUUAGGCAUAAUCAAUUGAACUACACACUUAACAAUCACACUAUUGUGUGAUCGUUCAUUCCUGUGCCUGUGAUUGCUGAUGUGCAGCUCUGAGUGGGAAUGCUCAGUUUAAAAAAAUCCUUAUGAUUCUGAGAUUAUAUUACAGCCUCAAAAAUUAUAGCCUGCAACAUCAACAGAGUUGUGUGAUUAUGCAUUUACUUACCUAAGAUGAAUUCUGAAAAUAAAAUGUAACUAAAAUUAGAUUAAUAAGUUCAAUGUAAGUUCCCAGGUUCACAAAUUUAAAUCCAGAAGUCAGUCCACAUGAAGGGUCUCAACCCAAAAUGUCGACUGUCCAUUUAUAUAGAACAUAGAACACUACAGCACAGUACAGGCCCUUCGGCCCACAAUGUUGCGCCGACAUUUUAUCCUGCUCUAAGAUCUAUCUAACCCUUCCCUCCCACAUCGCACCCCACCAUUUCUCUAUCAUUCAUAUGUCUCUCCAUAGAUGCUGCCUGACCUGUUGAGUUCAUGCAGCAUCUUGUGUGUUGCUCAAAAAUUUAAACCUUUGCUACUCUGUACACAGAGGUAACCUGUCUGUGACUGGAUGUUUCUUACUGUUUGGUAUCCUGCAGUGCACAUUGGCAUCUACUAAUUACAAUAAAGUGGUGUUACAAAUCAUCAGCAUCAACUUGUAUUUAUGUAGAGUCCUUAACACCGAGCCUGAUGAACAAAGUUGUUAAAGUGAUGGGUUUUAAGAAGCAUCUUAAAAGAUGGAAAAAGAGAUUAAGAAGUUCAGAGAGAGUUCAGGGCUGAGGCUGCUGAAGGUUUGGCCAUUUGAGGUGGAAAAACAUAAAUCAGAAAUACUCAGGAGGCUGGGGUUGGAGUUAAUGACAGAGAUUAUCAACCU